AACCUCCCGAUAUACUUGUACCGUACAAAGCGCGGAAAAGUCGAGUAAAAGCGUUCGUGACUGAAUUUUUGUAUUUAUUUACCGUUGCCUUAGGGGCUUCACUGUGUGCGUGUGUUCUCGUAUUCGUGUAUGCCCGUGUGUGUGUUUGUUUGUGUUUUGGUGCUCUUCUCCUUUGUUGGGGCCAAAAGAAAGCAAUCAACAUUUAGAGCCAAAACGGUGCCGCCUGACGGGAAAACAAACAAUAUUUUUGGCCAAAAAGAGCUCAACGCGGAAUUAGUGAUAAUAGUGCGCCAUCUAGCGGUCAGAGUGGGUCUCUUUCCCAUAUAUGCGACCAAAACUUUGACUGUUCGUAUCCGCCGGAAGCGCCUUAACUGGCCAGAACAAGUGCAUAGCCCCCCAGCAGGUGGAAGGAGACUCCCCAACUUGAAGGAAGCGACUGCUGUAUGCUAGAGAAACUUCAGUUGUCACAGAGACACACUAUAGACGGUCGUCCAUCAAAGUUUAUACACGAAAUUAUCAUAGGAACCAAAGAAGAUGUCUGUGGAUAAUCCGUAUUAUUUCUGCAAUGACACCAAAUCCCCGCGGACACCCGACUCCCAGUCGUCCAGUAAGGGAUUCUCGCUGUUCAAACGGCGCAAUUCGAAGGGCAACAGCAGCCCCCGACCCAUGGUGGUGUCCAACCCGGAACAGAUGCGACUGAUCACAUCCGCCAAUCUCGACACGACGGCCACAAUGGCCUUUGGCAGCCCGCGCGGCAGCUUCAACUCCCUGGGCGGCUUCUCAAUACAAUCGUUUGAAAUGCAGCAGCUGUAUCGCCAGCGUUCGUCCAAUUCACACUCGGAGUCGCGGGAGUUCCGCGAACGCCUCGGCUCCUGCAAUGAGACGCACAGCUCCCAGUGCCCCGGAGCGGGCGGCACAGAGCACGACGAGGUCUUCAAUCCGCUGACAUCGCCAACAAGCAGCAAGUCCCAUCGUCAUCAUACACUGCCAAGUGGCGGCGGAGGAGGAGGAGGCCGUCGGCAUUCGUUUGGGAAUUGGUCGCAGCAUCAGGGAGAUCGUCAACGCCAGAACACAGCCGCGUCGAUGGGCUUGGGCUCUCCGGAUGAGGUGCCCAGCAUGAUGGCUCCACGGCCGCCCGUCCAUUCGCCCAACAAAUUCCGCGGCACCUCGCAUCGACGAAGAGACAACUGUGGCAACGGGAACAACGCAAGUGGAGCGAAUGCAUCCGGCUGCAUCGGCUACAAUAUGGACGACAUUCUGAUCAUCACGGCAAAGCACAGCGAACGCGCCUACUUGCGGGCCACUUUCCUGAAGAACCAUUUCGACAAGAUCACCAAACAGCGCGGACGGAAACCAUUCAAUUUUCUGCACAUCAAAAUUGACGAUGGUCCCUUCAGCGAGGAGAUUGCCCAAAAGUACCAGAACACUGCUCUGCAGAUUGUCAUUCUGUGUCCCGCCCUGCUGGCACUGCCCCACAGCUUCCUGAUGGCCCAACUGUCGGCCAUUAUACGGGUGGAGAAGGUCCUCGCCAUCCUGCUGGAUGUGGCCGAGGAGAAGGUCAAGGAGAUGCACAAGGCUGCGCUACCCAGCUACUACAAGUGGCGCCGCUGUGUGGUGCGCGACAACGAUCAGGUGCAGAUCAGCAACAUCCUGGGCAUUGCCACGGACAUCCUGGGCCGGGCCCUGUGCCAGCGGCCACCCUGCCAGGACAGCGGCAGCGGCAACAGUGGGGGCCUCUCGCGCAGCUUCUCCAGCUGCUCGGAGGGAUUCACAGUGCUGCCGAAGAAGGUAAAACUCGGCCAGAACAAGGUGGUGGCCAUGCUGGCAGAGCCACUGGAGAAGAACGACACUCUCAAGCUGCUGGUGGAGAAGUCCGGCGAACUGAUCGAACUGCGCAACUUCAAGUGCCGCAAUCCCUACACCCUGCAGUUCUCCAUCCCCGAGUCCUGCAUGGAGAUCUCCACAAUGAUCGAGAUACGCAUCGAGAAGAAUAACAAGAGCCUGGGCGCUCGGCCCAUCAAGUGCGAGAGUCGGCUCCGAGAGCUCGAGCAGCUGCUCCGUGUGGAGGAUUCGCCCAUAGAGUUCAUGUGUCAUGCCUUGGGCAUCGGACCCGUGGAAAGGGACGCUCUCGAUCAGCAUCUUCUGCAGUGUUUCCAGCGCAACAUGCCGCCAAAUUUCCACCUGCUGAACGGCCCCUGUGAGAAGCAACCGCAUUUCUUCACGCGUCUCGAGUCCAGUCCGGAGGAGUACCCCACCCUGCUGCACUUCGCCGCUCGCUGGGGCCUCAACCGCCUCUGCAUCCAACUGAUGGAGUGCCCGGGCGGCGACACAGCCUGCGGCGUGCGCAACUGUGCCGGCCGUACCCCCUUUGAGCUGGCAGAGCAGGAGGGUCAUCACAAGUUGGCACAGAACAUUGUCAGCUUUUCGGAGUUCCACGAGCUCACGACCAUGUAUCACUACUUCAAGGGCGUCUCCCCAACAGCUGCUCCCAGCGAGAGCAGUCCGAAACCGGUGGUCAUUGAGGCCGUGCCCGGAAAGACAAAAUCCUCCUCUGGCAAACCGCCAAAGCAGUUGCCCUCCGCCGAGUACAUGGAAAUGUCCAGCGGCUCUGAAAGGGAGAACACGCCCGAGGUGCGUCCCAAAACGGAGACGCUGGCCAUCUCGAAUCUCAACUACAUCAGUGUGGAGACGGAGGAUGAGAACCUGCAGGGUUCGGCGGCGGAGAAGAACAUGGACUCGAAGAAGGAGCUGCCGGAGCCAAUACCUGAGGCUGCAGACUCGCCAGGACCCGAGCGAACUACCAACGAACUAAGCAUCAACGAACCGCCCUACUACCAGUCCAAGGAGCAAAACAAGUCUCAGGAUGUGGUGGAUGCACCAGUGGCUCCCCUCUAUCAAACGGACAAAUUCAGCCAGGAGUGCUCCCAGCUGCUGGAGAACCAAGCGGUGGGCGGCAACGACUACGUACUGCAGCCCUCGAAUGUGCCCGUGAAUACUCCUCCCACCAGCAGCAGCACCUCCAACAGCUGCCCCCCGGAUGAUGGAAACUAUUUGUUCCAGCCCUCGAACCGCCCCGUGGAGGAGCAUCUGCGGAUGAGCCGCUCGACAACGCGACUGGCCAUUGGACAGAACAACCACAACAGCUAUAACCACAAUCAUCAGCCUGGAUAUGGAACGCUCAAGCGCAGUGCCAGCGAUGCAUCUGCCUCCAGCCACAAUCGAUCGAACGCCGACGAUGAGCUGGCCGAAAUAAUGCACGACUUCAAGAACAAUGUACUGUCCAUUCGGGAUGUGGAGCUGCUGGUGGAACGCUGGAAGCAUCGCAACGAUGUGCAACAAAGCUUCCGGGAGAAGCAGGAUCAGAUCGACCAACUGCGCCGCGAGUACGAGCGCAUCCACGAGCAGGUGCGAUCGCAUUUGAAGCGAGAGACGCCUUUCGAGCGCAUCAAGAAGUUCUUCUCGCGUCCGAAGAUGUCGCCUGGGGGGAAGCAUCCUGGCAGCUGUGCCGACAGCCUUCUGGACGAGACCAAGAGCUCGAUAGCCACUAGCUGCAGCUUCAAGUCGGGGGUUCGUCCCAUCAGCUCCCUCAGCCUGCAGAGCGUAUCCAGCAGCAGCUCAUCCUCUGGGCGCCUGAGCACGGGCAGCAACUGCAGUGGCGCCUCCCUGGGCGACUCUGGCACCCACUCGGACCACGAGGAUCGGCGCUACAACUGCCGGCUAGGUGGCCACGGAUCGCUGAUGGACAAUUAUCUGGUUCCGCCGCCACCACGUCCCGUCUUCACGCCCAGCUCCACGCCCGGCGAUGAGCGUCACCAGAUCGUCUUCCCCUCGCCCAUGUCCAGCUGCCAACGCCUGAACACGCCCACCAGCCCCACCGGGUCCUCCUCCGAGCACUACCAGAUGUUCCCCUCGAACAUACCUGUGUACGGCAGCCAGCCGCUGUCCUCCUCCCAGAGCAGCAACUACCUGAAUACCAUCAUGGAGGCGAAGGAGCACGCCGAUACCCAGCAACACUACCAGAACCAGAACGGAGUCACCCUGCAGCCCAUCAAGCUGAACGAGCGCUCGAACAUCAUCUACGGGAAGCUGACUAAAAGCCACUCGUCCUCCGCCUCCAGCUGCAGCAGCUUUAAGCCCAAGCAGCUGGCAGUGCCAUGUCCCCAGGUGGGCAGCAUCGAGAUCCAGGCCGAGGUCUAUCAGAAUGUGGGUGGAGAUACCCCAGAGGCCGCUGACAAAGUUGAGCCCACGCCGGAGACAGAGGCGCCCAACUACAUGAACUGCUAGAAAGGCGAAGGACUACGAGCGGGGCGGUUACUUCACUGCCACGAAAUCGACCCAAAUCGAAAUCGAAAGCUUCUCUUUAGUGUUACACAUAUGUAUUCUUGUUUUGUCUGUAAGUCGAUCGAUUCGCAUCCCUCAAGAAGUGCAAAGGACGGAUGGAUGGAAAUGAGUAUGAACUAGUUAUCGAGCAAAACAUAUUCUAAUGUUAGUCGUAAGCCUGUAUUAUCUACAUUAUUUCUUAGUCUUCGGGUUUCAGAAUCGAAUUGUAUAUUUGUGAGACGUUUGCAAGCAACCAAAUCAAACCAUAUCGUUAGGGUCUAAGUCUAGCACCUAAGUCGAACCAAGCAGCUAACAUAUCAAGAAAUAUUAAUCUUCUCUUGUAACUCUAGGUACUACCCCAAUUUAGUUUAAAGAUCUUGCACCGAUCACCCUUUUGGCAUGCCGCUUAGCAUGAAAAACUCGUAAUGUCUAGCUCCUAAAAACCCCCUAAAAUAUCAGCUAUACAGUUAAAUGCAAUAAAUUUUAAAUAUUUAAGAAAAAA